AUGCGGCCUCUCUGGGUUGCUACUCUAUGCCUAAUUGGCUUAGCUUCAUCAUUUUAUCUUCCUGGAUUAGCACCUGUGAACUUCUGUGAACGUAGAAAUGAAAAGCCAAAUUGUCCCAGCAAUGUAACCUUGUUUGUAAACAGGCUUGAUAGCGAUCAAUCUGUUAUUCCAUAUGAAUACCACAGCUUUGAUUUUUGUAUUGGUUCCGAAGACGAAUCGCCAGUUGAGAACUUGGGACAAGUUCUUUUUGGAGAACGUAUCAGACCCAGUAAAUACGAUAUUUCUUUCCUUGAGAAGAAAGAGUGCUCUUUAUUAUGUAAUAAAAAGUAUAAUGGUCAAAACGAUCUUGCCAAGAUUUUACAUCUCCAGAAGGGAAUGCGUUUGAACUAUCAACAUCAUUGGAUUAUCGACAAUAUGCCCGUUACUUUCUGUUUUACUAAUCAACAAAGUAUGAAUGUAUGUACUACUGGGUUCCCAAUGGGAUGCUACGUGGAUACCAAUCGCCGCCAACACGAUGCUUGCGUUCUUGAUCCAAGAUUCAAUCAACCAGAUAGUUACUACCUUUUCAAUCAUGUUGAUAUCUCUAUUGAGUAUAGAGAUAUGUCUAAUGAUCCAAACUUCUUGGAAGAGAAGGUGGGAGGACGUAUCAUCCAUGUAAAUGUUCAACCACGCUCGAUCAAACAUAGAGAUGUUGAUAAUCUUCGUUGUACGGAAGAUGCACCACCUCUCUCUUUGAAAGCAUCAGAUACCUCUGCUGAGGUUAUCUAUACUUACUCCAUCAGAUGGAAGGACACGAAAGUCAAGUGGUCUUCUCGAUGGGACUACAUUCUUGACUCUAUACCACAUACUAACAUCCAAUGGUUCUCAAUCAUGAACUCUCUCGUCAUUGUACUUUUCUUGUCUGGAAUGGUCGGUAUGAUUAUGAUGAGAACAUUGCACAGAGACAUCACCAAGUACAAUGAGGAAAACGAGGAAGAUGCUCAAGAAGAGUUCGGAUGGAAGCUUGUCCAUGGUGAUGUUUUCAGAGCUCCACGAUAUGCUAUGAUGUUGUCCGUCUUUAUUGGAGCCGGUACACAAACGCUCUUCAUGGUUGCUAUUACUCUCGUAUUUGCUUGUUUGGGAUUCCUUUCACCAGCUAACCGUGGUUCUCUGAUGACAUUUGGCCUGGUUUUGUACGUAUUUUUCGGAAUCGUUGCUGGUUAUGUCUCGGCUCGUUUAUAUAAGACGUUCCAAGGUGUACACUGGAAAACAAAUGUUCUGCUUACAAGUUUCUUGGUUCCUGGAAUGCUCUUCUCCAUAUUUUUCUUCACGAAUCUUCUGCUCUGGAGUAAAGGAUCCUCGGCUGCCGUGCCUUUCGGAACUCUUGUUGCUCUGUUGUCUCUAUGGCUAUUCAUUUCGACUCCAAUGACUUUCAUCGGAGCCUUCUUCGGAUUCAAAAAGAGGGGAUUCGAGGCUCCUGUAAGAACUAAUCAAAUCCCUCGUCAAGUUCCCGAACAAACCAUGUACACCAAGCCUUUACCAGGAAUGUUGAUGGGAGGAAUUCUGCCUUUCGGAUGUAUCUUCAUUCAACUCUUUUUCAUCCUCAAUAGCAUUUGGGCCCAUCAAACAUACUACAUGUUCGGAUUCCUCUUCCUUGUUUUCCUCAUCCUUAUAAUUACAUGUUCUGAGGCUACAAUCUUAUUGGCAUAUUUCCAUCUUUGUGCGGAGGAUUAUCAUUGGUGGUGGCGAUCAUUCCUCACGAGUGGUUUCACAGCAGUAUAUCUGUUGUUGUACUGUGUACACUUCUUUAACAGCAAGCUAACUAUAAGUGGAGUUGUUUCUACCAUUCUGUACUUCUCGUACACAUCUAUUUUCGUCUUCAUGUUUUUCCUCAUGACAGGCACAAUUGGAUUCAUGUCCACCUACUGGUUCGUGCGCAAGAUCUAUUCUUCCAUUAAAGUUGACUAA